AUGGUCAUGCUGACCACUACCAAAGUAAAGCUCCAAGAAACUCACGACUGCGAACAUGGAGGUGCGGAUGUUAAGCUACAAGAGGUGUUCUACAUGGUCAAUGUAUACGCUAUUGGUGCCCUUGGUCACUAUCUCCAACAGGGAGGGCGGGUUGCUUGCAUGAAUGCCGCCUGGAACAACGCGCGGGAGCACCGCGAUGAAUGGCUGUCUGCCGCAGUCGUCACUGACAUGGACAGCGGGCUCGGCGACAUGGUGGACGUCAAGGUGCAGACGAUCUCCGUUGUUGAAGUCGUUGGCCCGACGUCUCUUCCGACCGCGUAA